AUGUAUAUGAAGGUUCCUCACAAUGUUAUGUCAACAGUGGUGGCCAUCAUAAUCACACCCUCGUCUAUACGCUCCUUUGCAGCUAAACUGUCUCCUCCUGUGGUCUUGGGCCCUGCAGCCAGAGUUGCUCCUGGGCAGACAGUGAACUACACAUGCAAGUCCCAUGGCUUCUCCCCUCAGAACAUCACAUUGAAGUGGUUCAAAGACAGAAAUGAGCUCUCUCACUUCCAAACUACUGUGGACCCCAAAGUAGAAAGCAUCUCCUACAGUAUCUCGGGCACAGCCCAUGUGGUGCUGAGUGCUGGGGAUAUCCACUCUCAGAUCACCUGUGAGGUGGCCCAUGACACCUUGCGAGAAGGCCGGCUUUGUGGAACUGCCAAAUUAUCUGACAUCAUUUGAGUUUCACCCACCCUGGAGAUCAGUGAGCAGCCAUCAAUGGUACGGAAUCUGAUAGGUGUCACCAGCCAGGUGAAUAAGUUCUAUCCUUCGAAGCUUCGGUUGACCUGGAUAGAGAAUAAAAAUAUAUCCCAGAUAGAAGACCCUUCUACAUUCACUGUAAACAAGGAUGGAACCUACAGCUGGACCAGCUGGCAAGUAGUGAAUGUAUAUGCCCAUGAGGAGGACAUAAUACUCACUUGCCAAGUUGAGCAUGAUCAACAGCCACCGGAAAUAAAAACUCAUACUGUGAUGGUCAGUGCACGUCAGAGGGAACAAGAACUGAAGACAUCAGAUACUGCUGUAAUCCUUUUAGCUUUGCUCCUUGGAUCUAAGCUGCUACUGGUUAUUGGUGCCUCUGCCAUCUACAUGCACAAGAAGCAGAAGGCCUAA